GCCCGGAGAAGCCGAUCCUAGAUGUGCCGAGCGGAAGCGGAGGUGCGUGAGGGAAAACAGGGCGAUGCGGAGGCCCGCGAUGAAUCAAUGUUUCGAGAUCCCUCGAGGACGACGAUGAAAUUGGUCGAUGCUUCCGCUGACACUUGCUCUUUUGUCCUUGUAGAGGAUAAAAUGGUGCGCUCAAUUCUGUACGGUGAGGCGGGAGGGGGUGAUGGGUAAUUCUGUGAAACGGCACGGGGCAACAGGGAAAGAUGGGCAUUGAUUGGGAAACUUUAGCAUUGCCCUUUGGGGGGGCGGGAUCAAUCGGAUCUUGUUCCUCA